AUGAUGCAGAAUCCAGAGAUGAUGCAGCAGCUGAUGAACUCGCCCAUGGUUCAGCAGAUGAUGAGCAACCCGGAGGUUUUGAGGACGAUGGUUCGCAUGAACCCGCAGCUGAACGAGCUCAUGGAGCAGCGACCGGAGAUCGCCAGAAUGCUGGAAGAUCCGGAGUUGCUCCAGCAGUCCAUGCGCAUGGUUGCCAAUCCAUCGCUGAUGCGAGAAAUGACGAGGAAUGCAGAUCGCGCCCUGGGCCAGCUUGACGCCAUGCCGGGCGGUCACAACGCGCUGGUGCGAGCUCACGAGGAGUUUGCAGACCCGCUCUUUGAGGCUAUGUCAGGAGGAGGCAGCACCGCCAGCGGUGGGAACGCGACGGCGGUCGACUACUCGCAGGACACUAGCUCUGGACCUAGCAGUGAGGCGCUGCCCAAUCCUUGGGGCCCGGCGCCGACCGCGAACACCCCCGCGGCCACCCCUGCGCCAGCUGCAGCCACCAACCCGGCAGGCGGCAUGGCCGGGUUAGGCGCCUUGGGCGCGCCAGGCGCCCUAGGUGCGCCAGGUGCAUUGGGCGGUGCGCCAGGUGGCCUAGGUGCCAUGGGUGGUCUUGGUGGCAUGGGUGGCCUAGGUGGCAUGGGCGGCUUUGGGGGUUUGGGUGGCUUGGGGGGUUUGGGCGCCCUGGGUGGUAUGGGUGGUAUGGGUGGCAUGGGUGGCAUGGCCGGUUCGGGGGCUCCUGGUGGCAUGACCAGCCCAGCCCAAGCACCGACAGCUGGCACGACCGCGCCGGGAACGGCCGGUGCGACGGCGCCGGGAGCGGGCACGGCCGGACCUCCCAUGAACAUGAUGCAACAGAUGAUGAGCAAUCCUGCUCUGAUGUCCAUGAUGAUGAAUCCCGCGAUGAACCCUUUCGCUGGGGGCGCAGGCGGUUAUGCUGCCGGAGCAAACCUCGCCCCAGGCGCAGCCGCACAAACCCCGGAGCUUCAGAGAGCGCGGUUCGCGUCGCAGCUGACGCAGCUCUCUGCCAUGGGCUUCACGAACGAGGCUGCUUGCCUUAGAGCCUUGGCGCAGCACGAGGGCCGCGUGGACGCGGUCACCGGUGCUGCGCCCAAGCCUCGGAAUGAUACGGAGCAGUUGAAGGCCCCGAAGGGAAGGAGAGGCUUCCAAGAUGCUGCCCAUCUGCAAGACUGA